AUGUCUCACAACGAAGUUCCGGAAGACCAGGAGAAGGCCAUGGGCCUGUCUCCAAAUGAAGCCCACGAAUACAUCAAGAGCGCUACACAAUAUGUCAAAAUUGGAAACAAAAAAGUUCCUCUCAGCGAGGUUCUGCAGGCAUAUGGUGGUUUCAUGAACCCGGGUCUGGCGAUCAAGACUAAGCGCAAGUUUGGCAACCCCGCUCCUGUUGGUUUGUGCGGCUUCGCUGCCACCACAUUUGUGUUGUCUUGCUUCAACGUCAAGGGUCUUGGAAUUACCAUCCCUAAUGUUGUCGUCGGCAUGGCGUGGUUUUACGGAGGUAUGAUUCAGUUCUUCGCAGGUAUGUGGGAGCUUGUUUGCGAGAAUACCUUCGGUGCCGCUGCAUUUAGCGUUUAUGGAUUUUUCUGGAUGGCGUUUGCCGCUCUUCAGACCCCCAGCUUUGGAGUCGCGGAGGCAUUCGAUGGCGACGUAACAAUGCUUGACAAUGGAAUUGCUCUUUUCCUUUUGAUCAUGGGGAUCUUCACGCUUAUCCUUUGGACUUGUACCUGGAAAUCAACCUGGGCAUUUUCUGCUCUGUUCUUCUUCGUGUUCUUGACAUUUUUGCUCUUAGCAAUCGGAAAUUUCAUCCAGAAAAGCUCUGUAGUCACAGGCGGUGGAUGCAUGGGGUUGGUAGCUGCUAUUUUGGCCUGGUAUAAUGCGUAUGCUGGUAUCGCUAUCCCAGAAAUUUCCUACGUUACUGUCAAACCUUUCUAUAUUCCACAAUUUGGGAAGAAGGACUAA